AUCCAAACCUUUAUAUAUUCCCUCUCUUUUUUUGGGUCCCCUUUAUCUGAAUAAAUUCACGUCGCGUCACCAAUACGAUCAAUUCAUCAAUUUAUGCCAAUGGCGCCCAAUCGCUAGUUGCUUGCUCGAUCGGAGAAUAUAUGAAAGCUUAAUCAUCCGUUGCCCUAGAAGAAAUCAAUCACUCAAUCAAAUGGAAUACCCGUCCGCAGAGACAGUAGUCUUCACCGACAUCAGCAGCGCCGACGCCUACUCCGCCGUGUUGGACAGAAAACACUCGGAAGAAUCGCUCCGGAGGAUUUGCGACUUCUGGCCGCAGCAACGCGGCGGGGCGAUCGACGAGAGGGGCAACACGCUGCUGCAUUUCCUGGCCAUUUACGACAACACGGUGGCGCUAGAACGGCUGCUGGAGAAGGGGCUUCUGACGAGUCAGGACCUCUGGAAAGCCAACCAAAAGGGCAACACGCCGCUGCACGAUGCGGCGCGGCUGGGCUGGACGAAGUUCGCCCGGAUCUUGCGCGAUAAGGAUGAAGAUCUGGUUCUGGCGCGCAACCACAAGGGGGAGACGCCCAUUUAUGUGGCGGUCAAGUGGGGGCAUGGGGAGGUUUUCUGUCUCUUCUACGAGAAGUUGAGGAGCGAGAGCGCCAUAACCAGGUUCGACGGCCGCACUGUUCUUCACGCUGCCGUCACCGAGGAAUACUAUCCGAUUGCCAUUCGCAUCGUGCACUGCUUCCCAGGCCUUGCUAACAAAGCAGAUGAACAGGGAACCACAGCCUUGCAUCUGCUCGCCAGAAAGCCAUCUUCCUUCUUCAGUGGCUCUUCCUAUUACCGCAAAAACCUUGGCAGCUGGCCUUUUAUUCCCCUUCAGAUUCUUGGAAUCCUUUUCUAUAUGUGCUUGCCGACGCGGAAAACCUAUGAGGGAAGUAGAGACGACGAGGAGAAUCAGGACCACCAAAUUGAAUCACAUAUCUCCCAACAAUCAAAACUAGUGUCAGUUUUCGGAGCUAUCUUGAGAGCCUUUCCACGGGUUGGAAGAAUUGACAACGCAAAGCAAAAGCACACCUUGGCAGUGGCAUUAGUGAAGCUCCUGGUAGUGCAACAAGAGGAAGAUUGGAUCAGCAGCGUGAGCUCGAAGAACCCCCUCAUUGAAGCAUCGAGGAAUGGCAUCAUCGAGAUUGUGAGGGAAAUCCUUGACAAAUUCCCCUACGUGGCAUAUUCCUUCGAUGAAUUUGGGAAGAACUUACUGCACAUAGCAGUGGAGCAGAAAGAUCAGACACUGUAUGACUACUUGAGUCAUAACAUUGCCUUCAAGGAUAUGCGAGCAGAUGUGGAUAACGAUGGCAACACAGUUUUGCAUCUUGCAACCAAGCUUGGAACCAGUCCUAGAGUUCUUCUUGGAAACCUCAACCAGAUGACAUGGGACGUCUGUUGGUUUAAGCGAGUGUUCUACGACUCAAUGCCCCAUUUCUUGAACAUGAAGAACAAGAAGGGGAAAACACCAAAAGAACUAUUCAAAGAAAGCCACGGACCCCUCGAGAAAACAUGUGAGAAAACUCUCAAAGACAUGAACAAUGGGCUGAUGCUGGUGGCUGCUCUGAUUGGCGCCGUCAACUACGCGGCCCUCUUCACUAUCCCGGGAGGCUAUGAUCAGGACAGCAAAAAAACUGAAACCUACGGAUUGCCAGUUCUUUACGAGAAAGGAGAGACUAAAGAAAAACUGACCUAUUUCUUAUGGUACAUCUGCUUGGCUCUUUUCGGGUCUCUUAUGGCCUUGAUAAGCAUGCUUUCCAUUCAAUUGUCGCCCUUCCGAAGCAGCGAUUUCCACACGGCCUUGCCAUUCAGAUUCCUGGUCGCCAUGACCUCCCUAUUCUGGGCAGCAUUAUACACCAUCUUGUCUUGCUUGCUGGCCUUUACACUUGACACUUUGAAGCACGACAGCCUGUUGUUCUUGUGGCUUAGCGUCAUUGCCAUCGCACUGCUUUAUACAGACACCAUCUGCAUGACCGUGGUUUACAUGUAUUGUGCCUUGCGUUAUUCCUUCUACAAGAAAGGCCAGGAAAUCUUAGAUCUUAUUUGAUUGAUUGCAAACCUAGCUAGCUAGCUAGCUACUUUAAUUUUAUAUUUUGUCUGAGAGCUUUGUCUUGUUCAUCCUUUCCAUCUUUACAGUGCUAUAUAAAAAUAAAUAAUCUGUAAUAAU